UGAAGUGAGCUUCUCAGAGAUGAACUGUGAAGAAUGAGCUCUAAUCUUUGAGCAAAAAGCAACCGAUUCUGAAUAUGAGGGUAGAGAGCUUGAGAGUGAAGAGUGAAGAUUGAAGGUGAGGAAUGAAAAAACUAGAAAAGCUUCUGAUUGCACUGUUAUAUACAUGGUAUUCUCAACCAAAUCGGGCAACGGAUCGGGCAGGGAUAAGUCAAAAUUGGACCUUAGCUUGCAGUUCAGCUGGAUUUGCACGUUACUUCUAUGAAGGAUGUACUACCUUGGUUUCGAACUGAUUUCACAAUUUGCAUCUGUACCGAAUUGGGGUGGGCUGCCACGGUUAAUUCUUGCACUUUUGGUUGAUAUUCAUUCUGAACCUGUUUAUUACACACUUAUGCAUGUUAUGCUUGGAUUACGGAAAGCCCACAUCCUGUUGAAAGGGGCAACAGUAGUAUAUAGCAAAAAUAAAGAUGCGGAGAAGUUGUUUUUUAUACCGUUUAAUACCGGUGGACAUUGGUUGUUGCUCGCAAUCAAUCCUAUCCGAGAAAUUGUGUAUUAUCUUGACUCGUUAGGAAAUGAUUGGACAACAUACCCGGAUAUGAAGGUCCUAAUUGACACCGUCCUACAAGCUUUUCGGGCCCAACGAGAUAUCCAAACCUCAAGGAGGGGCGCCAACUCCAUUACAUGGAUUAAAGUGGCGUGUCCUCAGCAACGUAAUCAAAUAGAUUGCGGGUAUUUCAUGUUGAGGUUUAUGCGAGAUACUCUUGCUUUGGGCCGAUUAAAGAUUCCCACCGAUUACUUUGAUGAAUUCAAGUGUGCAUUUUAUACAAAGGAUCAAGUGGACGAAAUCAAAGAGGAGUGGUGUCAAUUCAUGAUAAAGCUCAAUGUUUGUUCAUAAAUUUCUGUAAUUAAUGUGUACAUUUGUAGUAUAUGUUAUGACUUGUAAAUGUGUACAUAAAUUUGUAUAUAUUUUGAUACAUUUAAGGCAAAAUUGGU